UAAUCCCUGAGAUAUUAUUAAUAAUACCCAGGAAUACGCAAGUUUCAUUCUGCGAGUCUUUGACGCGGCCUGAAAAUGACUAUAUAUACAGUAGUUUUCAUUUUGAUUUCCUAUUCUGCAGUAAUAACUUGAUGCAGUCAUGUCUACAUUGUACUAGUCAUAUUUUCUGUUAUAGUACUAUGUAUCGUUCUUCAUUAAGAUAUCAUUGGUGUAGUUAUUUAGAACCUUAAUAAAGGGCCCUUUACUUAAUUAGGCAAUUGUUUUUUCUUCGUGUUUUUGGUGAAAAGGUAUUAUGAACUGUUAGCGUCACGUACAGGCCAUAAGUUUUGUUGACAACUCUCAAUCGUUUUACAACUCGCAUAUGCCGGGACUUGGCCGCGCCUGAGUUUUCCGUGUGAUGACGCCUCGGUUCACAUCGUUAGUGGUUGAUUGCCGGGAUGCCCAAGAUCUGACUACGUCCACAAGGACCAAAAGGUUAACCACAAGGGAUCAACCCCUCCACACGAAGAUACAUCUCGUUGUGGCCAAAGAUUUGCUGACAUCGUCAGGAAGGGUCAUCGCAAACACACCCAACAGUCAUAUUUCUCCCAGUUCAACAUGCUCAUCUGCCAUUUCCGGCAUCUCCUACAACAUUUGCAUUUUUUCUUGAUAAUCCUCUCGUCACUUUAUUCCUUCAGUUUUGCCGAAAGAAAAUUCUGUGGCACCGGACUGGCGGAUACAUUAAAACUGUUGUGCAGAGGGAAAUAUCGACCGCGUCUAGAUUCCGAUCCUGAUGGAAAAGCCGGUGACGUCUCUAAUAGCCUCACUCAAGAGUGCUGUCACAAAGCUUGCAGUAUGAAAACGCUUAUGGGUUAUUGCGCAAGUCCUCCCGAUCCCCAAAUGGAAAUGCUUUUAGCCAGAUUAUCCCUUAUGAGCGCCAAUAAAGGGUCAUCCAAAGCCAGUUCCGGUGGGCAGCUUUUAGCCGGAGAUACUUCCUCUACCGGACUAACAACCAAAUCUCGACUUUCGGGAUUAAUUAAUACCAAACAAACCUUUGAUGUCUCACCCCUCCUAGAAAUGAGGCCAAGUGAUAUUUACCAAAGUUUGCCCUCCAGACAAAGGUGACACGCCCAAUUAAUCUAUUUAUUUAACCAAGUUGCCUAUCCUUUUUCCACAAACAUUUUUAACGUCAUUCCAACAAAAUCCUUCAGCCACAUCCCAGUAUUAAUGUCGGAUCAUUUGUUCCGACCCUUUUUUAUAUACUCAUCCUGUUACAAUGAUGCCCGAUGCUAGUUCAAGUUGCCCGAAGCGAACGUCCUAAGAUGUGCACACAAUGGAUGAAUAAUCGCCUUGCACAAUAAACAAUCGCCUAACAUUUGCCCCGAACCGAAGUCCCGCGGAAAAUGCGAACUUUGCCUAUAAACUCAAACCGAUACUUAAUUAAUAUGAUAUUUGUUCUCUUGGAGGGUUUUGAUCGAAUGGUCCCCACAGAAGCAAUCCCUUACCAGUUACCUUAAUACUGUCCAGUUUGGCUGAGUACUUUUCACGGAUUCCCUUCAAUAUUCCACGUAUAUUUAGUUUCAUUUAUGCAGUGUCGUACUGCUAAUAAUCUUACGCAAUUAUAUGCGGUCUUUAAAUUAUGCUUAUAUAAUUCCUGAUGUCCACAUUGUUCCUUUCGGGACUUUUGCAGCAGUAUAUUGUCGCUCUUGCCAAAAUGCUGCAAAUAUUCAUAUGCAGCUACUGGUUUAACUGAUGACAACAUUUAAUUAUUAUUAUUGCCAUUGCCACGCCUAUUUGUGGAAUGUAUGGCCCUUAUACUGAGCUAACCCCGUUUCACGCAGCCUCACUCCAGAGUGAAAUGCCUUCCCAAAGAUUUAUACUUAUAACUUACAAUUGGAAAGUUUAUCUCCCUUACACCGCAAUCAUCCAAAAAUCCUAUAUUUCCUGUUUCCAGAGCUGAAAUUUUGCCCCAUGUACAUAAUCUUUCCACAUUCCUAAACCUUAUAUAUCAAUAUGGAUACAUGUACACGAAUGCCCCAAUGAGCCCGAGCACGAUUCCCAAGCACUGGCGACGUACAUUUCUUGGAGCAGCCUACAAGCAGUCGGCAGUCUUACUUCAGUGUGAUUUCUUGUAAUUUUGAGUUAAAAUUGUUCUGUUUCUUAUUUAUUUGUUUAUUUUUGACAAAAUCGCUUGCACACGUGUUUUUAUAAAAACUACAAAAGCUGCACAAAAGAUGGUUUAUAGGCAUAAAAUCAAUCACUGUAAAAUAUGAUAUUCUAGACGUAGACAAGAUGGUGUACUUGUAUAAGUAAGUAACCUGUAAUUCCAUGUUUAGUGAUGAAACGCACUUUCCUUUAACACUAUUCUAUGAAUUACUGCAGUCGCAAUGCUAUACUGACAGUGAGUCCGCAUUGUCUAAUUGUAUUUAAGCACUAUAUUAUAACACCUAAUAAUUUAUUAUUUCACUUGUUAGGCUCGCGUACUUCGUCGUUUUGCUGUAAAGGCGCGUCCACCACUUGCUGAAUGCAGAUUAUCCGAUUAUCAAUGAUUGAAUA